AUGUAUGGGAACAUCGUGAUCGGGAUCUGUCUCAGCAUCCUGAUAUGUGCCAUCUUAGCUGCUUGCAUCUUCUAUUGCUGGCUUCGCCGCCGUGUCAACAGAGAAGUGGCAAAGAGCAACUUGAAUCGACGAAUGAUGCGUGAUCGACUCCAGCACGAAACUGACCCCCAAGAUCUCGAACGCGCCUUAAACGAAUUCAACCACCUCCACGACCUACCUCGCUAUAGCCGACGAGGCUGGAUACGUCCCAAGAGGGGCUAUGGGAACAAUAGCCAUGCGCUUCCGCGACGAACCCCCGAACCCGUCCACCUUUCUGGGCUUCGAGGAGGAGGAUUCCCAGAUGUUCGCGGGGAGCACCUCUGGUCUCGAAAUCAACCUCGACAAUACUACCCUGGCAAUCGAAACGGGCAUAAUGGCGAACAGGGGCGCAAGAUGUCAAGGAAAGAACGGAAGCAGCAACGGCGUAAAUGGAAGCAGGAAGAGGAGAGGCUGAGAAAAUCGAACGAACCUCAAGGCAAUGAUGGCUGCAAGCAGAGUGAUAAGGAUAAUGACACUGGCUAUAAACACCAGAGCCCUAGCAGCCAAAAGAAUGGCAGCGGAUCAACAAAAGGAAAUGCUGGCUGGGGCGGCUCGAACAAUAACAGCAAAGCGAACGCUGGCUGGGGCGGCUCGAACAAUAACAGCAAAGCGAACGCUGGCUGGGGCGGCUCGAACAAUAAUAGCAAAGGGAAAGCUGGCUGGGGCGGCUUUACCAAGAACAGUAGUGCUGGCUGGGGAGGCUCGAAUAAGAAUCACGACGGCAACGCAGCCAAUCGCUCGCCAGAGAGACGAAGCGAGCGUGGAGGCCAUCAGCGAGGCUCCCUACCUGGCAGGGGCGAAUGCACAAAGCCGCAGCAUGCCCAUACCCGUCGAGGCUCAUUUGCUCAACUGAGUGAGAACGGUGCCCAGAAUUUUGGGGGGAUUUUGCCAGGAUGGAUCGCCAGUUCCGUUCAGAACCCAGUAUCUCCUCCACCUGCACCAUCUCUGGGAUUUGGCUUCAAGGGAAACUCGAAGAGGCACGCUAGAGCUAGCGUUAAUAGCUGGGUUGGACCUGGUGAUGACAAGGCCGCAUGGUAG